AUGGCAGACAUCUCUUACAUCUGCAAACGCAAACUUUUGACGAAAUUGUGGGACGAGCUACCACGCAGCUGGAAAAUAUUAGUAGCAGACCAAGUCGCGUUAAAAGUGAUAUCUUCGUUCUGUGGAAUGGACGACCUACUCAAUAACGACAUUCUUGAUGUCAACAACUUGGAGAAGAAGCGUGAACCAUUUAUGUGUCCUGCUCUUUAUCUUAUCUCACCAUCUCAAGAAUCCGUCGACAAAAUCAUUUCGGAAUUUUCGAACGAAGCAGAGCCGCAGUAUUCCUGUGCUUAUGUGGCUUGUAUCAACGCAAUUGAAAAAUCAAAAUUCGAGGCGUUGAAGAGAACACCACGUAUUAAAGACGUCAAGGUCAUUCCACUCGACUUCCACGUAGUCGAGCAAAGAGUCUUUUCUAUGAACGACCCCAACGCCUUUUUCGAUUUGUAUUCGCUCAAUUCCACUGAAGAAAGAAGAACACAACAGAUCAAGAAAAUAGGACAGUCACUCGCAUCGUUUUUGUACUGCCUUAAUAUCAACCCCGUCGUGAGAGCUAUAACUAAACAACCAAAUGCACUCUCGCCAAAAAUUGUCGAAGCGCUCCAACAGAGUUAUAUCGACAUCUCAUCAAGUCCCGUGGUCGAGGCAUUCAAUCCUGCUGAAAAAACUGCAAGAAAGCUCAACGUGAUAGUUGCGGAUAGAAUAUUCGAUUUGGUGACUCCUUUGUUGACUGAGUUCACGUACCAAGCAAUGGUAUACGACACUCUGCCAGUAAAGAAGGAUACCGUCAUCAUCAAGACAAAAGCGGGAGACAAGCCAAUGGUUUUAAAUGAGGAAGACACAAUUUGGAGAGAAACAAGACACAUGCACAUUGCACAGGCAUCGCCAUUUGUUGUCGAAGAGUUCAACACAUUUGUCGCGGAACACAAGGGUGUGGGUAAUGCAAAGGGCGCGAAAGACAUGAAAGAGAUGGGCGAGAUGAUGAAAAAACUGCCCGAGUAUAUUGACUUAAUGACGCGCUUUUCAAAUCACAUGGAACUCAUUUCAAGAUGUUUCAAUGUCAACGAAGAAAAGAAACUCGACGAAUUUGCUAGUGGUGAGCAGAUCAUGGCAACGGGGCUUGACAAAGACGGGAAAGAAGUUAAAAAGGCGUUUCCGUACAUCUCGUCUUCAAUUGGAAAUGUGUCGUAUCCAAGCGAUUUAAGACUGAGGCAAGUGCUCAUUUAUUUAUUCUCGCAGGAGUAUUCUGACGAUGAUAAAAACGCGUUGAUUAAUGCACUCCACGGUGACGAAGACGUUGCAAAAAUCAUUUCCGCUGCGCUUUCUUUGCCUAAAACGGAGCGAGAGAUAACAAAGAAGAAAAAGGGCGAUGACAACGAUGACGGAUUUGUGAACUCGAGAUUUGUGCCAUACAUCAAAGAGAUUGUGAUGAGAAUGUCAAACAACGAUGUUCCGGACUACUGUGUGUUGAACAAAUUGAACUUUGCUGGAUUCCCUGUGACUAUCGAACAGAAAACCGGAAACAUAACUGUAGCAGCAGGGAAAACAUUGAAGAAGCAGAAAGCGAAGGAAGACAAAAAAGAGGGAAAGCUUACCGCUAAAAAAGAGGCAGUAUCAGAGAAAGACUUGCUUGGCUCGGAUUCGAACGUCUUGGUCAUAUUCAUCACAGGCGCUAUUUCAUAUUCUGAGAUGAGAAUUGCAUACGAACUUUCUGAUAAACUCAAAAUGAAUGUCUUCAUUGGCUCGAACGUUGUGGCUCGACCAAACAACUUUGUCAAAAUUAUCAAGUCGGUCAAAAAUGAUUCAUUCAGUGAUAUUACUGGUACUUUGGAAUAA